CACAUUUCUCGGACUGAUCCGCCUCCGAGCUUGACAACCGCACCCACACCGAGCACAACAUCUCUCACGUCCUGCCAUUCAUCUUUCAUCACCUCUCUUGUCUACGUUGCCCUUCCUCAAAUAUGCUCGACCUCAACCAGCUUGUCAAAGACCGGCGCACUGCCAGUAUUACAGACAAGGCAAUCCAAGAGUGCGACCUCAAUUGGGAGCUUCCUGCCCGUCCCACACACGACAACAAGAAGCGAGGCAAACAGGUCAGGGCAGAGCAGAAGGAGCUUUACAUGGCCUCGCAGACUUGGGCUCGACAGGAGCCUGGCCCGUGUGAACCCAUUACGAGGCUCGUUUGGCCGAAAGACGCCGAUUUGAACGAUAAACGGCAUCCUUUCCAAACUGGCGGGCCAUUCCCUGAGGAUGACGCUGGCGAGUAUUACCUUGACGGCGAGAUGAGGCGCAAUGUCCUGGGAGGGGAGUCGGACUCCCAACACUCAACGUGGACGUUGGGCAGUAUCAUCGGGAAGCAUUCCAAAGUCGACAAUAUACUGGUCUUUGCCGAAGGAAAAGAAGAUCUAGACUGGGCUUUCGAGGCAGGGAUCAUGCCUCCGCCGCACGAGGUUCUGACCGUCAUCUGUCAGCCUUCUUUUCUAGAUACCACAAUCAUCGCGAAUGGGGUCGAGAGCGUGACUAGCAGUCGGAAGCGAAACAAAAAGGUGGUAGGCGGUUUGAUGAAUAUGGCCUUCACGUGGUACUGGAAGGUUGCGACUAGUGUUGACCACCGGAUCAUGGGGCAGGCCGGACUGGCACUGGUGGGAAAAUGA